ACUGUUCCUUUGGUUUUGGAAAAGUGCAUCACAGAACUGGAACGUCGAGGUGGUUUGAAUUUCGAAGGUAUUUUCCGCGUUCCAGGAAGCCAUGAAGUGGUUGAAGCCUUCCGCAUCGCCCUCGAUAAGGACUGCGAAGGUGUCGACCUUUCAGAAAAGCGGUGUCCGGACCCAAAUACAAUCACCAGUCUGAUUAAAUCUUUCCUCCGACAAUUGCCUAUCCCUCUGAUCACCUACGAGACCUAUCCCGACUUUAUUGAGGCUGUCCUCAUCCACAUAGCCUUUGCAUCGCUCUUUCUUGUCGACGUGGGCGAACUCAUGGUUACACGACUGGUUAGCCCAGCUGCAUUUGAGUUUGGUAGCGGACAAUGCGCCGACCACGCGUGUCCCUCAUGUCAUGUUUGGGUACCUUCAGUCAUCGUCUGGGGAAGGUUUUAG